AAACAACAGUUUUGUUGGGGGGACAAAACGAGCUAGAACUUUUAUUUUCUCUGUUCUAACAGAGAAAAAGAUGAGAUGAGAGAGACCUUGACUUAGUUAAAGAAAAAAAAAAAAACAAGGGUGCAACAUUUUGACUUUGUGUGAAGGGGGCUUUUGUUUUUAAGCCUUCCUCUUCGUCUCUAAAGCCAUCUUCUUCGAUCAUCGUUGUUGCAAAGAAGUAAAAGCAAUUGAAGAAGGGAAAAAACAGUUCUCUUUCGUUCCUUAAUUUCAAAAACCGCGAAAAAGUGCGAAACGCAAAACGAUGGCUGUGGUGGUUAGCGAUAUGCAUUGCGCUCCGAAAACGACGUCGUCUCUGCGAACCGCAUUGUUAUGAACUGAGGUUUGUUACUUUGUUUUGGUUCUGUGGUUGAAAGGCAAAAGCCAUGAGGUGGUUGCCCACGCUUUCGUUCUCCCCUUCGAAUUCUUCUUCAUCUUCUUCGUCGUCUUCUUCUGCCUCCGCUGCUUCCGCCGUGGAUCACCGCCGGAAGGCGUGGCUCUUCGGAAAUUCGUCGAAGAAGCGCGCCUGCCACGUCGGCGACCACGACGAAGAUGCACUAGUUUCUUCCCCCGGCACGCCUCAGCAGUUGCCUCUGCCGGAGCUCUCCGCCGCCGCCGUGCUCCGUCAACAAGACGGUGAGUGCCGCCUUCCCUCGCCCAAGGACGCUGCACCCACCACCACCGGCUUUCGGAUGAGGAGUGUUUUUGCUAGCCAAGAGACAAGAAGAAAUAUGGAGCAGGCUGAAACUAGGUCACCGAGAAUGGUGCAGCAAGAUGCAAGUGGUUGCAGUGAGAGUGCUCGAGAUAAUAGUAAUAAUAACUUGGUGAAUGUCCCUCGUAGGAGGAGUAUUUCAGGUAGUUCUUCUGCAAGUCCUUCAAUGAGUCCUCAGAAAACAAGGAAUGGUGAUUUUGUGCCAUAUUAUUACACGUAUUCCAAAGGAAAUCAGUUCUGGUCCGCACCAGAAAUGCCUUCUUGUGAAGCAGGGUUGCUACCUCCUGCCUUCUUUGAUUUAUCCGCGUUAAGCACAGAAGCUUCCCUUUCUCCCAACUCCCAUCAAAGUCUACAGAUGAAAAGUUCCCAGAAACACACCAGAACUUUUAGUGGACCUCCAUCCCCCAUACAUUCCAUGUUACCACUUGAGAUCUCAACAGCACGCCAUGAAAGUAAUGCUCCUCCUGUCGGUGUUCACCCAUUGCCCCUGCCUCCUGGAGCUGCCUUGACCUCACCGCCUGCUGCUGCUACCUUUUCCCAUGCCGUGGCUAAGUCAGAAUCGUUCCCAAUGAAAAGCCAAUGGAAGAAAGGGAAACUUAUUGGGCGUGGGACGUUUGGAAGCGUUUAUGUCGCAACCAAUAGGGAAACCGGAGCAUUAUGUGCAAUGAAGGAAGUAGAGUUAUUUCCUGAUGAUCCAAAAUCUGCAGAGUGUAUAAAGCAGUUAGAGCAGGAAAUUAAAGUUCUUAGCAAUCUAAAACAUUCAAACAUCGUACAGUAUUAUGGCAGUGAAAUAGUUGAGGACCGGUUUUAUAUUUAUCUGGAAUAUGUUCAUCCUGGUUCAAUUAAUAAAUAUGUCCGUGAACAUUGUGGUGCCAUAACAGAAUCUGUUAUUCGGAAUUUCACUCGGCAUAUUCUCUCAGGGUUGGCUUAUUUACAUAGCAAAAAAACCAUUCAUAGGGACAUCAAAGGGGCUAACUUGCUUGUUGACUCUGCUGGAGUUGUUAAGCUAGCUGAUUUUGGGAUGGCUAAGCAUCUUACUGGGUUUGAAGCUAAUCUUUCUUUGAGGGGAAGUCCAUACUGGAUGGCUCCAGAGCUUUUGCAGGCUGUGAUACAAAAGGAUAACAGCCCUGAUCUUGCUUUUGCUAUUGAUAUUUGGAGUUUGGGUUGUACCAUCAUUGAAAUGUUCACUGGGAAGCCUCCUUGGAGUGAAUAUGAAGGAGCUGCAGCUCUGUUUAAGGUUAUGAAGGAGACCCCUCCUAUACCUGAAACACUGUCAUCUGAGGGUAAAGAUUUUUUGAGGUGCUGCUUUAAGAGAAAUCCAGCAGAGCGGCCAACAGCUGCGGUUUUACUAGAACAUCGAUUUUUGAAAAACUCGCAACUGCUGGAUGUUUUAUCUUCCACCCAGCUGUAUAAUGAAACAAGCUUCAUGGACAAACCACAUACUCCAAGUAGGCAAUCUGAAAAUAGUUAUGAUCAGUUGUCAACCCCCUGUGCAAAGAUUGCAAAGGGUAAAGCUGCUGAGAGGCGAGGAUUUCUCAUUUCUUCGUUUGAUAUUCUCCCUGCAUACUUGGACCAAUAAUGUAAUCCUGUUUUCGGUCUAUCUUUUUGGCCUGCCACGAUCUAUUGCCUGCUUUUUAUGUGCCAUUCUUUUUCUCUGCUGAAGUUGGGAAUCAUCUAACAAUAACUUCCGCAUAGCAGGGGUGUCAUAGGGUGUUCUUUUACUUCCUUCUACUCUUGAAGCAGUUCCCAUGUUGUAAUGUACCGCACACACAUUCCAGUACCUUUGAUUGUCUGUGACUGUCAAACGAAAAACAAAAUAUGAUCUUUAAAAAUGACUGUGCUGAGGGAAGUUUUCAUCAUUUAUGCCAAUGACAGGGCCCCAUUGUUGUACUAUAGUUUUCAGGGACGCUCAAGUAGAGACUUGCAGCUGUUGCCAUUAUAGGUUCUCUUUUGCUUAGGUUUUUUUUUUUUUUUUUUUUUUUUUCUGAGGAAAGAAAGUGAAGAGCUUUUUCAUUGUGUAAGUUAUGCUGGACGAGAAUAUAGCAGCAAUUUUAGAAUAAUAUUAUUAUACUAACUUAGAGCAAUGAAGCAAUUAACCUUCUAAGGUGCACAUUUCUACCUCCAUCGAUAUUAGGAUGAAGUGAAUAAUACGUAGACAUUAGUGUGCUUCCCUCUUGGUUUCGUGGGGAUUCUGAUUUCGUUGCUUAUGUUAGAUGUGCCAAUACACCCCAGAUGUGUUGUAAUUGUAAUAAAGACUCUCAAAAUUUUGAGUUACAAAAAUUGUAUUCCCACAUGUUAAUGCCCAUAAUGUGGAAGAAUAAAUUGUUGAUACCUUUUUAGAA